AUGCAUUGGAUCAACUUGAACACCAUUGCUGUGGCCUUCUUGCAGGCUACAGCUCUUGGAUCUGCUCGAUCUUUGUGGUCAACACAACCAGCGACAUAUGCGCCUCAGUCUAGUGAUGAGACUAUUCUCAAGACUACCUAUCCAGUAGGCAAUGGAAAACUAGGAGCAAUGCCUUUCGGACCACCUGGUUCAGAGAAGCUUGCAUUGAAUGUGGACUCGUUAUGGAGCGGGGGCCCUUUUGAAAGCUCAACAUACACAGGAGGCAAUCCUCCUUCAUCCAAGGCAGGUGCUCUUCCAGGAAUACGCGACUUUAUAUUCAAGAGAGGAUCCGGCAACGUAACUGCCCUUUACGGGAGCGGAGACCAUUACGGCUCGUAUCGCGCCUUGGGAAACAUAAGUAUUGCGAUCGGACAUGGCACGUUGUAUAGCGACUAUAAUCGCACUUUGGACCUCGACCGUGGCCUCUACACAACGACCUACGUGGUUGACUCGGUGAAAUAUACCACCAACUUGUUUUGCUCGUAUCCAGCACAGGCCUGUUUUUUCAAUAUAGCGUCAACUGGUACUGUGCCUAAAACAACAGUCAAGUUUGAAGACCUGCUUGUGGACACAAUUCUGGCAAAGUCGUCAUGUAGUAAUGAAUUCGCGCGCCUCAGCGGUACGACAAGGGCUGGUCCCCCUGCCGGAAUGAGAUACGAAGCAAGAGCCAAAGGAGGUAACGGGGCAAAUACGUCUUGCUCCGAUGAUGGGACCCUGACUAUUACACCCUCUGGAGGCAGCAACUCGUUGACAAUCGUCUUCAGCGCCAACACAAAUUAUGACCAGAAGAAAGGCAACGCGCAAAACAACUACAGCUUUAAAGGAGAGGACCCCGGUCCCGGUGUAGAAGCUGCGGUGUUAAAGGCAGCCAAGACAACCUACGAGGACAUGCUAUCGCAACAUGUAUCCGAUUAUGCUGAACUUUUUGGCACGUUUACUCUCAAUCUUCCGGAUCCAAACGGAUCCGUUAAGAAGGACACGGCAUCAAUCAUUUCUCAGUACUCGGUAGACGGAAAGGGAGACCCUUUUGUCGAAGGGCUUCUGUUCGACUACGCUCGCUACCUGCUCAUCGCAUCUUCGCGAGACAACUCACUCCCCGCCAACUUGCAAGGUCGUUGGGCUGAGCAGCUUUCCCCCGCUUGGAGUGCGGACUACCAUGCCAAUAUUAACCUUCAAAUGAACUACUGGGCCGCGGACCAAACGGGGCUGACAAAGACGCAACCUGCAUUGUGGAAUUAUAUGCAAGACACGUGGGUGCCGCGGGGAAUAGAGACGGCAAAGCUGCUGUAUAAUGCGUCGGGAUGGGUAACGCACCACGAGAUGAAUAUUUUUGGGCAUACCGCCAUGAAGGAUGAAGCAAUUUGGGCAAACUACCCGGCAUCGGCGGCAUGGAUGAUGCAACAUGUCUGGGACAACUUUGAGUACAGCCGUGACGUAUCAUGGCUUAAAACACAAGGAUAUCCGCUUCUUAAAGGCGUAGCCAAAUUCUGGCUCUCUCAACUUCAACAUGAUGCCUUCUUCAAAGACGGCACCUUGGUCGUCAACCCGUGCAAUAGCCCCGAGCAUGGCCCGACAACCUUUGGCUGCGCACAUUUUCAACAGGCUAUCCACCAAGUCUUUGAAGCGGUUCUGGCCUCUGGCGAAUUCGUAUCGGAGACAGACACAGUCUUCAAGCGCGACGUAGCCUCCAAACUCGCGUCGCUGGACAAGGGUCUGCACUUCACCACCUGGGGCGGCAUCAAGGAAUGGAAAGUUCCCGACUCGUAUGGUUUCGACACCAAGAACACCCAUCGCCACUUAUCUCAUCUCGUAGGCUGGUAUCCCGGAUACUCUAUCUCCUCUUUUCAAGGAGGCUACACCAAUAGCACCAUACAAAAGGCUGUUGCGGAGACUCUCAAGUCCCGCGGUCCCGGAAAUGCAGCCGACGCCAAUUCGGGCUGGGAAAAGGUAUGGCGCGCGGCGUGCUGGGCGAGGCUGAAUAACACAGCCGAAGCGUACUAUGAGCUGCGUUACGCAAUUGAUAUGAAUUUUGCGAGUAACGGGCUCAGCAUGUAUAACGCCUUGAGUGCGCCGUUCCAGAUUGAUGCGAAUUUCGGAUUGGCCGGUGCCAUGUUGAGUAUGUUGGUUGUUGAUAUGCCGCAGAAGCAUGGAGAGACGGGAGAUAGGACAGUGGUUUUGGGGCCAGCGAUUCCUGCGGCUUGGGGCGAUGGUAACGUGAAGGGGCUGAGGUUAAGAGGAGGGUAUUCCGUGGAUUUUGCGUGGGAUGCGAAUGGCAAGGUGAAUAAGGCGAAGCUGGUUGGGUCCGGGAAACCUCUGAAGUUGUAUAAUGUUGAUGGGAAGGUGUUGUGA